UAAUCAUAAGACUUCAUUAGUAAACUUCAGAUGUAUUCAAUGUAGAUUUUUCUAGUAGUGCUAAUAAGUUGACACUAAAAGAAAAUGUAAACAUUUGGACACCAUUUGUGUCUAUGUCAAACAACUUCAAUACCCAUGAUGCCUUGCAGUGAGAGCACUUCGGUGACAUCAGCUGGGUGAAUCUUCUCCAGAUUCAGUAUUCUUUUUAUUGUCAUUGAGCACAAACAUCACGGAUGCAGAGCAGAACGAAAUUACGAGCAUAGCUCCAUUAAAAAAGUAAUAAAAGAAAAGAAUGAAAAUAUCUACCAGCAAGGUGACAAGGCACAGUCAGCUGUGCGUGAUUGCUUUUGCAGUCUGAGAGCAGACAGGUAGAAGCUUUUACCUAACCUGAUAGUGUCGCUACUCAGGCUCCUGUAUUUCUUUCCUGAUGGAGGAAAGCUCUGCUGCAUUCUCCCAGAAACAAGGACAAAAGGAGCACACUGUUUUGGAAAGCGGGGCAGAUUUUGUUAUUUCACCUGUGGCAGAAAUGAAGAGAGCAGUGUCAUUUCUGAUCACUGUCUAUGUCUCAGUGCCUGUUAUUCUCUACUUGUUUCCCUGGAUACUGGGCCAUGCCAUAUUUGCUCACUUGUUGAGGCUUCCAUUCUUUGUGGAUCUCGGCAGACCUGAAGAUGUGCUGAACCACACAUGCAACUUCUACCUCAACACAGAGGAGGGUAUCUCAGUGGGAGUAUGGCAUACACUCCCUGUCAGCCAAUGGGAGAAUGCUGUGGGGAGAAGCCCUGAGUGGUACUGGGAGACUCUGGGAAACAGCCAUCCUGUUAUUAUCUAUCUCCAUGGAAACACAGGGACCAGGGCGCUGCAUUGCAGAGUGGAACUGGUGAAGAUCUUAAGCGCUGCAGGGUAUCAUGUCUUAUCUUUAGAUUACAGAGGGUUUGGAGACUCCACUGGGGAGCCAAGUGAAGCUGGGUUGACCAGUGACGCCCUCUACCUGUACCACUGGGUAAAGAAACAAAGCAGAGGGAGUCUUAUCUGUUUGUGGGGACACUCCCUUGGCUCUGGAGUGGCAACAAAUGCUGCAUUGAAAAUACAAGAGCAAGGUUCUGCUGUUGAUGUUCUGGAAGCCCCAUACACAAGAAUUGGAGAGCUUCUAACCAGUAUUCUGCUCAUUAAGAUGUACCUGUUCCUGCCAGGAUUUGACAGUUUGCUUUUGAACAUACUGGAAAGGAACAACAUAGUAUUUGCUAAUGAAAACAAUUUAAAGACCUUGACUAGUUCCAUUCUUAUUCUACAUUCAGAGGAUGACAAUGUUGUUCCAUAUCACAUGGGUGUGAAGCUGUACCAGAUAUCACUCCAGGCUCAGAAAAAAUACGGCACAGAUGUUCACGUUGAAAUGAUCUCCUACAGCGCAAAUCUUGGCUUCUCUCACAACAACAUUUACUUAGAUCCCAAUCUGCCUAAUGUGAUGAGCGGAUUUCUACAAAGCCUGAGACAGUAGAGUGGCUCAAGAAAAACGGGUCUGUGUUCCUGUCUCAUCUCCCAGUGUCAAUACAUCUUGCAAGAUAAUGUCCAUUAGAUGGUUCUGUACAGAUCGCUUUACGCCACGAGAGGGCGCUCUUCUAAAAAUAGAAAUACUAGCACUCAGUAUCACACAGCAAGUUUUUAUUUUAUCAAUGGGACAAACUACUAUGGCGCCCCAAUCACUGAGUCCACAAUAAAAUCGGAUGAUGGUGAAGCAGAUCACAAAUAAAGUAGACUGGUAUUUUCUUUACCCGUGUUAUGCUGAUACAGCGACAUGUACAUCUUAAUCUGCUUGGAUCUUUGUCACUCAGUACAUACAGAACAAAGUUGCCAGAACAUCAUUAAAAAUUCAGUUUAGUCA